AUGUCUUUCGCGAGGACGCUACUUUCCACCUCUCGGGCUUUGCGCAGCCCUCACAGCUCUCCCAUACAAUGCGCAUUGAACGUAAGAGGGCGGGCACAAUUCGCCGCUGCAGCAGCAACCGCUGUUCGUGGAUACGCGACUGCUUUCGAGCGGAGUAAGCCUCACGUCAAUAUCGGUACAAUCGGUCACGUCGAUCACGGAAAGACUACUCUCACUGCGGCUAUCACAAAACGACAAGCCGAGAAAGGCUUCGCCAACUUCCUUGACUAUGGUUCCAUCGACAAGGCCCCGGAAGAGCGAAAGCGUGGUAUCACCAUCUCCACCGCUCACAUUGAAUACCAGACCGAGAACCGUCACUACGCUCACGUCGACUGUCCCGGUCACGCAGAUUACAUCAAAAACAUGAUUACUGGAGCCGCAUCCAUGGACGGAGCCAUCAUUGUCGUUGCUGCCAGUGACGGUCAAAUGCCUCAAACCCGCGAGCAUCUUCUCCUCGCCCGCCAGGUCGGCGUGAAGCGCAUUGUUGUCUUCGUGAACAAGGUCGACGCCAUCGAAGACAAGGAGAUGUUGGAGCUCGUAGAGAUGGAGAUGAGGGAGCUCUUGACAACUUAUGGAUUCGAGGGUGACGACACUCCUAUCGUGUUGGGCUCUGCUCUGUGCGCACUGGAAGGCAGACAGCAAGAUAUCGGUGCCGACAAGAUUGAUGAGCUCCUCAAGGCAGUGGAUGAGUGGAUUCCUACCCCAGAACGAGACAUCGCCAAGCCAUUCUUGAUGUCUGUCGAAGAUGUCUUCUCUAUCCCUGGUCGUGGUACCGUCGCCUCUGGGCGUGUUGAGCGUGGUGUGUUGAAGAGAGAUGCUGAAGUCGAAUUGGUUGGCAAGAACGCCGCACCAAUCAAGACCAAGGUCACGGACAUCGAAACAUUCAAGAAGUCAUGUGAAGAAUCACGAGCAGGAGACAACUCCGGUCUUCUACUUCGUGGUGUAAAGCGCGAGGACGUUCUCCGAGGCAUGGUCAUCUGUGUCCCAGGUUCGACCAAGGCGCACAAGAAAUUUUUGACCUCGAUGUACGUUCUGUCCAAGGAGGAGGGAGGACGACACACGGGUUUCGCCAACAACUAUAAGCCUCAGCUCUUCAUCCGAACUGCUGAUGAGGCCGCCACUUUGACUUGGCCGGAGGGCAGUGAGGGUGCUACCGAGAACAAGAUGAUCAUGCCUGGCGAUAAUGUAGAGAUGUUGUGCGAGAUCAACAAACCGCUUGCGAUUGAGCAGGGACAACGCUUCAACAUUCGCGAAGGUGGCAGGACUGUCGCCACUGGUCUCAUUACCCGCAUCAUCGAGUAAAGCGACUGCUCCCCGUCCGAUGGAGAUGGUUCUCGAGGUGAAGUCAAUGACUUCGAGGCAAAGCCGUGCUACCGACUUCUUCUCAUGUUCUCAGACCGUCGCAUCAGACAUUGAGACUAUACGAACUUGUAAUGCGGCGUACAAAUACGCUAUAGUGUUCAUGGCACUGUUGUAUAUUACAAUUCUGUGAAUUUGUACUUUAGAUAUGGAGGUCUUGGAACAACUCUUGGUCUGGACUGUUUAUGUAACACUUGAUACCACC